AAAUGAGUGGUUCGCACCUUACUAAAUAAUAAUAAGAAAUAAGUACUUGAAGCUCGGCACAGCAGAGAGAGAGAGAGAGACGAUAAUAAAAUUGGGGAAUUACGGUAAAAUAAAAACCCUAAUAAGCUGAACAAAUCCACCGAUCGAAAGCGAUGAGUAUUCAAGCUCAAGCUUCUGCUGGCGUCGGUGCCUUCGUCGGCGUCGGCCCCCGCUUGCCGCCACCUCCGUCGAUCCGGCGAUCUCGUCGUGUGGUUCGCGCCAAAGCUGAGCCAAGUGAAAAGUCUGUUGAAAUAAUGAGGAAGUUCUCGGAGCAGUAUGCUCGUCGUUCAGGAACAUACUUUUGUGUAGAUAAAGGAGUCACCUCUGUUGUCAUCAAGGGGCUUGCUGAUCAUAAAGACUCACUAGGAGCACCAUUAUGUCCUUGUAGGCAUUAUGAUGACAAAGCGGCUGAGGCAGGGCAGGGGUUUUGGAAUUGCCCUUGUGUACCUAUGCGAGAAAGGAAGGAGUGCCAUUGCAUGCUUUUUCUUACUCCGGAUAAUGAUUUCGCUGGUGCAGACCAGACCAUCACACUGGAAGAGAUUAAAGAAUCAACUUCAAGUCUUUAGCUUUACAUGAGAAAGUUUGAAGUCUAGUAUGUACAUUUACAUGUUUGUGAUGUAAAACUGAGUAAUAAUAGUAGCAGGAGGUAUACAGAUGCAAUAGGUCACCGUUUUGAUGUACAUUAUAUGCAUAAAAUAGUGGCGAACUGUGAUGUAAUGGUGUUGAGUUCCGCAUACUGAGCAGGUAAAACUUCAUCUCAUCUCUUGUUAAAGAUGGCAUCUUUAAGAAUUUAUUGACCAAUAUCAUAUGAAUGAUUUUCUGU